AUGCUUUGGAAGUGGCUAGUUAAGCCGCAAGGACUGAAGAACGCCCCUGCGACCUCAAUAGAUCUCUAUUGCGUUCGCCGGGCUGUGAAUGACAAGACGGAUAUCGAGAUGCACAAGGAGCAUCUCCGACAACGGCUUGGGCUCAUGCGCAAGCACAAGCUCUAUGUGAACCUGAAGAAGUGCAUCUUCGGUGCGAGCGAGAUACCCGUACUAGGGUGUCUCGUUGGAAAGAACGGCGUACGCCCUGACCCCGAGAAGGUCAGAGUGAUCAACGAAUUGCCUACGCCAUCCAACGUGAAGGAACUGCGGCAGUUUCUUGGCCUUGCCACGUACUUGUGCAAGUACGUGGACAACUACGCAGGCAAGAUUCGCCCGCUGUCGCAGCGUCUGAAGAAGGAAGCUGCGUGGAAUUGGACUGGUGAGUGUCAGUAG